AUGGCCUCCAGAGACUUGACCAUGGGAAUCAUCUUCCUUUCCCAGACUGGACUUGGAAUCCUGGGGAACUCUGCCUUUCUUUACCACUUGCUCCUGACUGACUUCACUGGGAACAGGAUGAAACCUACAGAUCUGAUUUUUAAACACCUGACCUUGGCCAAUUUCAUGGUUCUUCUCUUUAAAGGAAUACCUCAGACAAUGGCAGGCUUUGGUCUGAAUUAUUUCCUUGAUAAUGUUGCUUGUAAACUUGUUUUUUAUUUCCACAGAGUUGCCAGAGGGGUUUCCUUUAGUUCUACUUCACUCUUGAGUAUCUUUCAGGCAAUCACCAUCAGCCCAAGUAAUUCUAGGUGGGUAUGUUUCAAGGUCAGAGCCCCAAAGAUAAUCAGUCCCUCUCUGGGUCUUUGCUGGGCCUUACACAUGCUGACAAAUGUCCUCAUUCCCUUUAAUGUCACUGACACAUGGAGUGGAAGAAAUCUUACUUGGAUGAAAGAUUUAGGGUACUGUGCUGUUGUAAAUACUAAGACACUGACUGGUAUGGUAUACUUGUUCCUAUUGGCCUCCACUGAUGUCAUGUGCUUGACACUCAUGCUGUGGGCCAGUAGUUCCAUGAUGUUUAUCCUGUUCAGGCACAAGAAGAGGGUCCAACACAUUCACAGGUCUUUUUCUCUUACGUCAUCCCCUGAGACCAGAGCCACACAAAGCAUCCUUACCCUGAUGAGCAGCUUUGUGCUUUUUUAUGCAACUUCUGUCUUCUUAACAAUGUAUUUGUCUGCCUCUGAUGGAGCCACUAGGUGGCUGGCUGACACCAGUGUAGCCAUGGCUUCAAGUUUCUCAGCCUUCUGCCCCUUUCUGCUCAUGAGCUACUACACCCCUGUUUCUAGGCUCUGCUCUACUUGCUGUUAUCCAGUGCCAAAUCAUUCUAACAUAGUCAGAGAUCAGUAA